AUGGGUAUCUUAGUGAACGACACUACCUUCAGACUCUUCUUGGGCAACCUUGUCACGAUCUUCCCAGGACUCCUUUUUCUUUAUCUCAUAUGUGUAGGGAUCUACAACAUCGCUUUCCAUCCUCUCGCAAAGUUCCCUGGUCCCAAACUGACAGCAUUCACUGGCUGGUAUGAGACCUACCACGAACUCUUUGGUGCACCUGGCAAGACUUUCGCCUACAAGAUUCAACAGAUGCACGACGACUAUGGCCCUAUCGUACGCAUAAACCCUCACGAACUUCACGUCAGUGACCACCACUUUUUCGAUGUCCUGUUCGCUGGAGAGAGCGCUCGCCGUGACAAGUACCCGCCGAGUGCCAGUGUCCAGGGCGCUCCUGGUGGCAUCUUUGGGACCUUGAACCACGAUACUCAUCGAAUGCGCCGGUUUGCCAUCUCUGGCUUCUUCUCCAAGCAGUCUGUGGUUGUCCACGAAGGACUCAUCCACGAGAAGGUUGAAAAACUCUGCGAAGUUUUCAAGAAUUACGCCAGGGAGGGCAAUCCGUUCAACAUUCGUGUCCCGCUGUUGGCUUAUACCACCGACUUCUACUGCGCCCAUGCGCUUGGCAAGACAGGCGACAUGCACUUAUUAAAAGACCUGGCAAAGGCCCAAAAGUGGAGAGCAAGUAUCAUCGGUCUACUUCACUUCACCCCUAUUGUCAGACAGUUCCCAUGGUUUCUAUCAUUCGCGUUUGAACUCCCAAUGUGGCUCAUCCGACGAGUAUCGUCAGAUUUGACUUUAGUGACCCAGAUUUUGCUGGACAUGGAAGGUCAAGCAAAAGAGGCCAUCAAAGACUCGUCGGCAUCCAUCGGUGUCAAAGAGGACAACGGCAGCCUAUUUCAAGCGAUUCUUAGAUCGGACUUGCCUCAGAGCGAGAAGGGCUCCAAGCGAAUGGCCCAAGAAGGCUUCACUAUCUUAACAGCUUCGGGAGAUACAAUCGGCAGAAUUCUGACCACUGCUGUAUAUCACUUACUCUCAAAUCCAAACCACCUUGCCAAGUUAAAGGAGGAGCUGAGAGCCGCGAUGCCAGACUCCAAUAUGGAUGUGCCGCUGAGUAAGCUCGAAAACUUGCCGUGGACCACGCCAAUCGGCAUGACAUUCGCCGAUCUGAUGAUGGACUCGAAGGCCUUUCCAGACCCUAGAAUGUUUGAUCCCGAGAGAUGGCUCGAUUCUCACCCUCUUUACGCCCAGAGCACGAAAUGCUUCUUCCCUUUUGGGCGCGGACACCGCAAUUGCAUUGGACUCAAUCUUGCUUGGGCAGAGAUGUGCGUUGCACUUGCCAAAGUUCUGCGUCGAUUUGAUCUGGAAUUAUACGAUGUCAUCAGAGAGAGGGACAUUGACCACUACCGUGACUGCUUCCUGGGCGAGCCUCGGGAUGAUACGAAAGGCGUUCGGGUCAAGAUUCUUCGUCUUUUGGACUAA